AUGAGCCGUACAAUUUCCCCUGUUAUUGCUUCCCUGCCGCUUUUAUUCUGUCUUGCUUUGCACUUCACCAAUGCAACCUUCUGGUCGGAUAGUAUCGGUGAUACUAUCCGACCAGGCCAAUCACUAAACACCUCGGAGUAUAUGAAAUCUGCCACCGGAAGGUUCAGACUUAAUUUCUUUCCUUCAGAAGACUCGACAAAGCAUUACGUGGUAAUAUGGAGCUAUAAUGUUUCUCACCCCAACAUAGUUUGGGUUGCAAACAGGGAGCACCCAUUCCCAUAUUCCUCUGCCGUUCUUACCAUGGACCCGCGUGGGAAUCUUGUAAUAUCCGAUGGCGUAUUGCUGCACAUGCUGACUAACACUUCAGGUGGCAACGAUUCCUACGCCAGGCUAUUAGAUACAGGUAAUCUUAUACUCACAAAUAGGGCCUCACAUGUUUUGUGGCAAAGCUUUGACUAUCCUGCUGAUACUCUUUUGCCCGGAAUGAAAAUUAAAUAUGCUAAUGACCAUCCUAUCUUAGUAUCAUGGGUUAGUUAUGAAGACCCUGGACUUUUCUCUCUGCAUGUGGGUUCUCGUAAAGAACUGAUCUUAAUGGAGGGGUCGGAACCAUACUGGACUAGUUCACUCAGUGGUGUUCUAGCUGGUAUACUCGUGAUUGAUGGGGACUACAUUACUUGGCCUGCUCAGAACACCAAUGAAAUUAGAAAAAUAGUGUUGGAUAUGUCUGGGAAUCUUGUGCUGAUGAAAUACAGAGAAGGUGAAAAAUAUUGGGACUCGUAUAACUUAUCGACGUGUGGGACUUAUCCUGUCUGCGGCGAUUUCAGCAUAUGCAAUGAGACUUCAGAUGCAUAUUCUAGAUGUGAUUGUCUGCCAGGAUUCAAAAGAGGAACUACGCCCGCUGGAUGUGAGAGAAAAACUGAUUUGCAGUGCAGCGACAAUAUUAAUGCUCAGAAAGAUUGGUUUCUUCAAAUUCCUAAAGUUUAUUUGCCCAUGUAUCCACAGCGGUUGCUGGUUGAGAAGGAUUCAGAGUGCAAAGCAGCUUGCUUCAACAACUGCUCUUGUACUGGUUAUGCUUAUGAUCAAGAGCAUCGCUGCCUGGUAUGGGAUGGCCCUCUUUUAAAUCUGAGGCAUUUCUCAGCAGAUAGUUUAUAUGAAACAGAGUUCUAUCUCAAACUUGCUCCUCCGGACUUUACCAAAGAUACGAACUCAACAAAUGCAAUUGUAACAGAUCCAGGACUUCAGAAGAAUUUAAAGGUCACAGGAAAUAAACUACUAUGGAAAAUUCUCGCGCCUACAACAUCUAUUUCGGUGGUUGUUACCUUGGGCCUUUUUGUUCAUUAUGCGAGGCGAAAGCUCAAAAAGAAGAAGGGGGAGGAUUUGUUAUUGUUAGAUUUGGGCAUGACCCAAAAGGCUAAUAAUUCAGAGCAUGGAGAUAGUAGGAAAAGAGAAGUUCAAAUGCUAUUAUUCAGUUUUGCAAGUGUUUCUGCUGCAACCGAUAAUUUCUCAGCUGCAAAUAAGCUCGGAGAGGGUGGUUUUGGACCUGUUUACAAGGGAACAUUACUAAAAGGGGAUGAGGUAGCUGUAAAAAGGCUUUCAAAAAGAUCUGGGCAAGGUUGGGAGGAGCUAAAAAAUGAGGCAAUGCUCAUAGCCAAGCUCCAACACAAGAAUCUUGUUAGUCUUUUGGGCUGUUGCAUUGAACGAGAUGAAAAGAUAUUAGUUUAUGAGUAUAUGCCCAAUAAAAGCUUGGAUUUCUUCCUUUUUGAUCAAGAGAAGCGCAAGAUGUUAGAUUGGAGGACUUGUGUUGGAGUCAUUGAAGGAAUUGCUCAAGGACUUCUUUAUCUUCAUCAAUAUUCCAGGUUAAGGAUUAUUCAUAGGGACUUGAAGCCUAGCAAUAUCUUGUUGGACAUCGAUAUGAAUCCCAAAAUAUCAGAUUUCGGAAUGGCAAGAAUAUUUGGAAGAAAUGAGUCACAGGCAAAUACAAGUAGGGUUGUUGGCACUUAUGGUUAUAUGUCCCCUGAAUAUGCUUUGGAAGGCCUCUUUUCAAUCAAAUCUGAUGUCUUUAGUUUUGGAGUCUUAUUGUUAGAGAUUAUAAGUGGCAAGAAGAAUACUAGCUUUUAUCAAAGUGAUUGUCUCCAUCUUAUUGGAUAUGCAUGGAAAUUAUGGACAAGUGAUAGGGGAUCAGACUUGGUGGAUCCACUACUUGAUGAUAUAUCUUCGAUGCAAAUGGUAUUGAGAUAUGUUAACAUAGCUCUCCUCUGUGUUCAAGAAAGAGCAGCAAAUAGACCUUCCAUGUCUGAUGUUGUCGCAAUGCUUAGCAAUGAAGCUGUAGCUCUACCUUAUCCUCAACAACCCGCUUUCUUGAAUGUGAGUGGUACGGCGAAGGCAAACCUUGUUAACAUCAGGCCACAAAUUUGUUCUUUGAAUGAUGCAACAGUUUCAGUUUUGAAUGGUCGGUAACAUUUAAAAAUUU